ACUCCAACGUGUAGAGAUGUGAUUGUGAAUGCGGCGUGUAGAGUCGGCAGGACUCUACUGUAUUAGUUAGUCAUCACUGGGGAGAUUUAGCUAGCUACACAUACGGGGAUUGCUAAACUUGAAUCAUGCACAUCGUCAUUACAUCUAACUGGGAGUGGAGCAGAAAUUGUGCAAGAUAUGGAUAGGAGUUAUCUUUGGUUCUAGAGAUUGCGCGGUUGUUGCUCCGAGUCAAGUUUCCAGCAAGUCCCAUAUUCCAUAAUGCUUCACGAGGACUCGACUCAUUGGAACCAUGUGCACAUUUCCUCACGUGUGUUUCAUGUUGAAGCGGUGAGGCUGGGAUAAAACGGGAAAAUUAGCAAACAACAAGCAUCGGUGCAGAUAUAUAUUUUAUUGGUGGGGGGGGGGGUAGUAGACUUUCUGAUUUCUGAAGUCGAGGAGGAAGGUGUGGAUGGUAGUUGUGAUCCAGCUCAAAUAAAUCAGAAACAUGGGGAACGCAGGGAGUAUGGACCAACAAACUGAUUUCAGGGGACACAACAUGCCUUUGAAACUGCCCAUGCCGGAGCCAGGUGAAUUGGAGGAGAGAUUCGCAAUCGUUUUGAAUUCGAUGAACCUUCCUCCAGACAAAGCGCGACUACUACGGCAGUACGACAACGAGAAGAAGUGGGAGCUCAUCUGUGAUCAGGAACGAUUCCAAGUGAAGAACCCACCUCACACAUACAUCCAGAAGCUGAGGGGUUAUCUGGACCCAGCGGUCACCAGGAAGAAAUUCCGACGGAGAGUGCAGGAGUCCACCCAAGUCCUGAGAGAACUGGAAAUUUCGUUAAGGACAAAUCACAUAGGGUGGGUGAGAGAAUUCCUCAACGACGAAAACAAAGGCCUGGAUGUGUUGGUGGAGUAUCUUUCUUUUGCGCAGUACGCUGUCACGUUUGAUGGCGACAGCGCGGAGAAGAACCCGGAGAAGUCGGUGGACAAGCCCUGGAGCAGAUCCAUAGAGGACCUGCACGGGGGGAGUAACUUCCCGUCCCCCGUCAGCGGGAACAGCAUCUCCCGCGCCGGGCGACACUCCACGCUACGUUGCAACACGUUGCCGAGCCGGAGAACUCUGAAGAACUCCCGGCUGGUCUGUAAGAAGGACGACGUUCACGUCUGCAUCAUGUGCCUGCGAGCCAUCAUGAACUACCAGUACGGCUUCAACAUGGUGAUGUCCCACCCGCAUGCUGUGAAUGAAAUUGCACUAAGUCUCAACAAUAAGAAUCCCAGAACCAAAGCUCUCGUGUUGGAGUUACUGGCCGCCGUGUGUCUCGUCAGGGGAGGACACGAAAUCAUCCUCUCUGCGUUCGACAACUUCAAGGAGGUGUGUGCUGAGACACAGAGGUUCGAGAAGCUAAUGGAACACUUCAAGGACAUGGACAACAACAUUGACUUUAUGGUGGCGUGUAUGCAGUUCAUCAACAUCGUGGUCCACUCAGUAGAGGACAUGAACUUCAGGGUUCACCUGCAGUACAACUUCACCAAGCUCUGUCUGGACGACUACCUGGACAAGCUGAAGCACACGGAGAGUGACAAGCUGCAGGUGCAGAUCCAAGCCUACCUGGACAACGUGUUUGACGUGGGCGCCCUGCUGGAGGACGCCGAGACCAAGAACGCCGCGCUGGAGCGGGUGGAGGAGCUGGAGGAGAACAUGUCACAUAUGACGGAGAAGCUGCAGGACACGGAAAACGAGGCCAUGUCCAAGAUCGUGGAGCUGGAGAAGCAGCUGAUGACGCGCAACAAGGAGCUCGACGCCAUCCGGGAGGUGUACAAGGACGCCAACUCGCAGGUGCACACGCUGCGGCGGAUGGUGAAGGAGAAGGACGAGGCCAUCCAGAGGCAGUGCAACCUGGAGAAGAAGAUCCACGAGCUGGAGAAGCAGGGCACCAUGACGGUCCAGAAGAAGGGCGACGGGGACAUCUCCAUCCUGACCUCGCCGCCCGCCCCCGGGGGCCCGCUGGUGGCCGGAUUUGAGGGUGUACCAGGGGGCUAUAACGGGGGUGCAGUCAGCCCGAUGGGGUCGAAUGGGAUCCCGGGGAUGCCCGCGCCGCCCCCUCCUCCUCCCCCACCACCUGUGCCUGUGCCAAAUGGGCCAUUGGCUGGCCUCGCCGCUCCUCCCCCUCCCCCGCCGCCCCCGCCUCCCCCUGGCCCUAUGGCGGUGUCUGUCCCCCCGCCCCCUCCUCCUCCCCCCAUGGCCCCACCGCUGCCCGGCUGUGGAUCCCCCACUGUCAUCUUCAACUCAGGGUUAGCAGCCGUGAAGAUUAAGAAGCCCAUCAAGACCAAGUUCCGUUUGCCGGUGUUCAACUGGGUGGCACUGAAGCCCAACCAAAUCAACGGCACCGUGUUCAACGAGAUCGACGACGAGAGGAUACUGGAGGACCUGAACGUGGAUGAGUUUGAGGAGAUGUUCAAGACGAAAGCCCAGGGCCCGGCCAUCGACUUGGCCGUGAGCAAGACCAAGAUCAUCCAGAAGGGUCCCAACAAGGUGGCGCUGCUGGACGCCAACCGGGCCAAGAACAUGGCCAUCACCCUGAGGAAAGUGGGCAAGGCCCCCGAGGAGAUCUGCAAGGCCAUUCAGCUGUUUGACCUGCGCACCCUGUCGGUGGACUACGUGGAGUGUCUGAUGCGCUUCUUGCCCACGGAGAACGAGGUGAAGAUCAUGCGUCAGUACGAGAAGGAGCGGAAGCCCGUGGAGGCGCUGACGGACGAGGACCGCUUCAUGAUGCACUUCAGCAAGAUCGAGCGGCUCAUGCAGAAGAUGACCAUCAUGGCCUUCAUAGGCAACUUCUGCGAGAGCGUUCAGAUGCUGACACCGCAACUUCAUGCGAUCAUCGCAGCAUCUGUGUCAAUAAAAUCCUCACAGAAACUCAAGAAAAUUCUAGAGAUUAUCUUGGCUCUCGGAAACUACAUGAACAGCAGUAAAAGGGGAGCGGUAUACGGUUUUAAACUACAAAGUUUAGAUUUGCUACUAGACACCAAGUCGACAGACCGGAAAAUGACACUGCUGCACUACAUAGCCAACGUGGUGAAGGAGAAAUACCAGCAGGUCAAUCUGUUCUACAAUGAACUGCAUUACGUGGAGAAGGCCGCAGCAGUGUCGUUAGAGAACGUUCUGCUGGAUGUGAAGGAGCUCCAGCGGGGAAUGGACCUGACCAAGAGAGAGUACAGCAUGCACGGUCACAACACCAUGCUCAAAGACUUCAUCACACACAACGAGGGCAAGCUGAAAAAGCUGCAGGACGACGCCAAGAUCGCACAGGACGCCUUCGACGAGGCGGUCAAGUUCUUCGGCGAGAAUUCCAAAACGACGCCCCCGUCUGUGUUCUUCCCGGUGUUUGUGCGCUUCGUCAAGGCCUACAGGCAAGCGGAGGAGGACAACGAGCAGAAGAAGAGAGCGGAGCAGAUGAUGAUGGAGAAACGUCUGGAACAGGAGGCCAUGAUGGACCAGGAGGACAAGAAGUCUCCGUCCCAUAAGAACACCCGGGGCAGGAGUCAGCAGCAGGAGGUGAUAGCUGAGCUGAGGAAGAAGCAGGUGAAGGAUACGGGCAGCCGCCACGUCUACGAGGGAAAGGACGGAGCCAUCGAGGACAUCAUCACCGCCCUAAAGAAGAAUAAUAUUACUAAAUUUCCCAAUGUCCACUCAAGGGUAAGGAUUUCCUCCAAUAGCACCCCUGUGGUGGUGGAUGUGUCCCAGACCUGGCAAGCAUCUCUUUUUUUUUUUAGAACCUCCAUUCCCUUUAAGUUACCUACCGCUGAGGGCUUUCCCUCAGCGGUAGGUAUGUCUGAAAUCAAAGAAUGCAAAAUUCUAUUUAAAAUGCCCUUCAUGGAAGACAUUUCCAGCCUUUUUGAAAUUUGUAAAACAUGUUACUUCUCCAUUGACAAGGCUUGUAUAAAGGGCCAUCCAUAGCUUGUUUUUUUAUUGAUUGUGACAGAAGGAAUAGUAGAUUGUAAAUCAAUCAGGUCUUUUCUGUAAGCCUGUUUUUGUUUUACGUCCAGAGAAGUGAAUGUUUCUGUAGAACUCAAGCUGCUUUGCCUGACUGGCUGCCAACGCAACCAGCCUCUGAGCACAGCUGAAGGCCCUGGCAAGAUGACUGACACAUCUUCCUCCAUUCCAGAUCUUCGCAAUCAGCCUUACAGGCGAGCCGACGCGGUGAGGAGGAGCGUCAGGAGACGCUUUGACGACCAGAACUUGCGGCCGGUCAACAACUCUGAAGUCGUAAUUUGACGAGGGAAAAGUGCAUGUGUUAGAGGCGGAGGGGGAGUGAUGUGGAAAGUGUAGCAGUCUCUCACUCUUAAGGACUGAAGGAGAGAUGAUGGGUCUGACAGGUCAGUUAUAGGGAACCUUAGACAAGCCAAGUGCCUAAAACUUACUUGUGUUCAGUUGUUGUUUUGCCUCCUGUUUGUCUCUUGUGAUUUUUAUUUUUUUAUUACUUCAAGCAAUACAACUUGAUCUGGCUUUAAUUGUAUUUUCCUUUGUAAAACUGGACACAGACGUCUGUAGCAGGGAUUCCUGAAAGAAGUGUAGAAUGUAACGGGUCACGGUUCCCUUAGGUGUCGAAAGGUAUUCCGCCACAGGGGAUGAAUAUGGUAUUUCAUAGCUAGUAUCUUACUACAUUCCUGGUGCUACUGCCAUCACUCUUAGAAAUUACACAAUGUGCUCGAGUGGCACUUUAAAGAACGCAUUAGCUUUUCCAUUGUUACUAAAGGGCUAAUGUACUUUUUAAAGGGGACAUACACUAUAUAUAUACAAAAGUAUGUGGAUUCGUCUGUUUCAGCCACACCCGUUACUGACAGGUAUAUAAAAUCAAGCACACCGCCAUGCAAUCUCCAUAGACAAACAUUGGCAGUGGAAUGGCCUUACUGUAGAGUUCAGUGACUUAACGUGGCACCGUCAUAGGAUGCCCCCUUUCCAUCGAGUCAGUUCGUCAAAUGUAUGCCCUGGUCGACUGUAGGUGCUGUUACUGUGAAUUGGAAACGUCUCGGAGCAACAACAGCUUAGCCGCGAAGUGGUAGACCACGCAAGCUCGAAGAACAGAACUGCCGAGUCCUGAAGGCAAGUUAAUGUAAAUAAGAAUUUGUUCUUAACCGACUUGCCUGGUUAAAUGAAAAUUGUCUGUCCUCAGUUGCAACACUCACUACAGAGUUCCAAACUGCCUCUGGAAGCAACGUCAGCACAAUAACUUUGUCGAGAGCUUCAUGAAAUGGGUUUCCAUGGCCGAGCAGCUGCACACAACCCUAAGAUCACCAUAUAUGCCAUUUAGCAGACGCUUUUAUCCAAAGCGACUUAGUCAUGUGUGCAUACAUUCUACGUAUGGGUGGUCCCGGGAAUCGAACCCACUACCCUGGCGUUACAAGCGCCAUGCUCUACCAACUGAGCUACAGAAGACCACAGAAGACCUCGCAAUGCCAAGUGUCGGCUGGACUGGUAUAAAGUUUGCCGUCAUUGGACUCUGGAGCAGUUGAAACGCGUUCUCUGGAGUGAUGACUCCAUGACCUCACUAAUACUCGUGGCUGAAUGGAAGCAAGUCCCCCCAGCAGUGUUCCAACAUCUCGUGGAAAGCCUUCCCAGAAGAGUGGAGGCUGUUUUAGCAGCAAAAGGGGGACCAACUCCAUAUUAAUGUACAUGAUUUUGGAAUGAGAUGUUUGAUGAGCAGGUGUCCACAUACCUUUGGUUGUGUAGUGUACAUGUCUUACUUUAGUAUAUUAUAAAGCAGUGAUCCAAAACAAAUAUGUUCAAAGAAAGUACUUAAGCGAGUAUGAGGUAGACAUGAGGUAGACAUAUGUACACCAAUGUAUGACCACAGAGAAAUCAUAUCAAAGACAAUAUAGCUCAGAGAGGUGUGGCUUUCUCAAGAUGAGACCAGGCUAAUGUGAAUUGUAUAUAGCUAGGCCUCCAUAUUACGGUUAUGACGGUAUUAACAUCUCAUUUAUCAGUGUUAACAUGGUUAGUGGACCAAGCCGUGAAUAGAUAGAACUAUAUAUUCUCCUCAUGUAGACCUCAAGUGCCAUUCACAUGCAAUGCUGUUGGUGGGGGCCCUGGAGCCACAAUAGCUCUGGUCCAGGUCGUUGUUUGGUCGUACGAUUGUGCGAUCACAGCCAAACUAGACCAGAGCGAGAGACACAAUUGACUCAGAGCGAAUAGGAAAGGUGCUGAAACAAACACUUCUCAGCAGAUAUACUUCCAGUGAAGUGUAGUGGCUGCAAGUAAGGCACUUUAGGCUACUUGAGGAGCUUGUCAUGAAAACUGGAUUCCAAGAUUUUUUUACUCUGAAAACUGCUAUCGGCUAAUGAAUCUCUAGGAAACUGUCAACUCACUAUUAUAACUUUAAUGUAUAGUAUUUAACCACUGAAAACGGUUCCCAUUCAGUAUCGCUCAUGUGACCCACUUGGACAAUGAGCGGCAGUUGUUUUUGAUAGUGUUUAAGUAUGUUAAAAACAUGUCAGAACAGACGUUUUUGAAAUGUACAGAUAUUUUGAUAAAUGUAUGCAUUGUUUUAUACUUCUUAAUCUACUCAUUACCAUAUAAGGUUAAUAUUGUACAUAUUGUUUAAAACACCAUGUCAUAUACAAUUUCUUAUUUUAACGUAUCUUUUGGUCCAUUUUGUAUUUUUAAUUUAAGACAAACAGAUGUGGCUUCUCUUGAACAUAAUGAUCUAGUGUGUGAAACAGGAUGCCCUGGUGAAACACUUGCCUGACAGUAAAGAGUUAUUAGAUCAGUGUAUGUGUCGCUAAUGGCACCCUAUUCCCUAUAUAGUGCUCUUCUUUUGGCCAGAGCACAAUAGGAACUGGACAAAAGUAGCGCUCUAUAGGUAACCCAUUGACAUUCAGAGAAGCUUCCUGUGGUCUUGGGACUGUAAAUGUCCACAUUAUAGCAUGCGCAAAACAAACCACUCAUCUCUAGAUUUCCUGUGAACUUAACCACUCAUCAGCUUCAUAAGACUGGAUAAUAUUGGCAUGUUAUUAACUUCAUGUUUUUUUAAAGGCAAUAUGUGCUUAUUACAAAAUACUUGUUAGAUUGAGUUCAAUGGAUAUGAUCAAAUAAACUGUCUACACUGUG